AUGAAUAUUUUGAUUGAUUCAACUGGCACAAAUCUGUAUGUAUCAGACUCCAUUAACUAUCGUGUUACCAAAUGGGCUGGAUUAAAUAGCUCCUUCGGUAUUGUUAUUGCUGGUGGAAAUGGUAUCGGGAAUUCAGCAAGAAUGACUAAUGUUCCAUGGGGUUUAUCUUUGAAUGAAUCGUCAAAUACAAUGUUUAUUAUCAAUUAUGGGGGUCAUACAAUACAAAAGUGGCAUUUAGGUGACCAAAAUGGGACAUUUCUCGUAGGCACACCAGGUAUUUCUGGUUCAAAUGCUAGUCAGCUCUAUAAUCCUUCACAAAUAAUAGUUGAUUCAUUUGGAAAUUUAUACGUAAGCGAUACAUCCAAUCAUCGAAUACAAAUGUUUCAUAAAAGUAAUUCAUACGGUACUGGUAUAACAAUUGCUGGUGUAACUGGUAGUGCUGGUUCUACUAGUCAACGACAUGUUAUGGUAUUAUUUAUCUGUUGA